AUGGGUUUCCUCAGCAACCUCGCCGGAAAGGCGCCCGGCGCAGCCGCCCCGCUCGCGCCCGUGCCCCGCCCCAUUGGCGUCAUCCCGCACUUUACCCAGCACUCGACCCAGAUCGCCCUCCAGGUGCGCGAGCAGAAGAUGUCGAUGAGCGGCGACGACUUUUCCGUCAAGGACGCCGUCACCGGCAACACCAUGUUCAAGGUCGACGGCUCCUACUUUUCCAUGCGCGACAAGAAGAACAUCACCGACGCCUCGGGCAACCCGCUCUUCACCGUCAAGAAGAAGCUCAUCGCCAUCCACUCGACCUACGUCGGCACCUCGCCCAAGACCGACGACGUCAUCUUCACCGUCAAGAGCUCCUUCAGCCUCGGCACCAAGCUCACCGCCACGUUCAAAAACGUCGCCGGCGACGGCCAGGAGACUGAGCUUGUGCUCCGCGGCGACCUCCUCGACAGGAGCGCCGAGAUCACCACAAAGGAUGGCAUCCCCGUCGCGCGCAUCGCCAGGUCCUUUGUCAACGCGGGCGAGCUCCUCUUCGACAAGCAGACCUACGUCCUCACGGUGGCCCCCGGCGUCGAUGCCGCCCUGCUGCUCGCCAUUUGCAUCUGCCUCGACGAGAAGGCCAACGAAAAGUAG